UUGGCGCUUGCGCGGUAGGUACGCGGCCGGUAGAACUGCGCGUGCGGCUGAGCGGAAGCUACGGUAGGAGCCCCAGCGCGCGUGGUCAGCGGCUAUGGAGGGAGCAAAGCGUGCAGACGCCAAGGUACUCACUGACACCGGAACAGAGUCCAGCCCUCGAAGUCCAGUCUGCAGCCUCCGGCACUUUGCUUGUGAGCAAAACCUGCUGUCCCGGCCGGAUGGAUCUGCUUCUUUUCUGCAAGGUGAUACCUCUGUCCUGGCUGGAGUCUACGGGCCGGCCGAGGUGAAGGUCAGCAAAGAAAUCUUCAACAAAGCCACCCUUGAAGUGAUCCUGAGGCCGAAGGUCGGCCUGCCUGGCGUGGCUGAGAAGAGCAGGGAGCGACUGAUCAGGAACACGUGUGAGGCCGUGGUCCUAGGGGCCCUGCACCCCCGGACCUCAAUCACCGUGGUGCUGCAGGUGGUGAGCGACACUGGCUCUCUCUUGGCCUGUUGCCUGAAUGCAGCCUGCAUGGCAUUGGUGGAUGCGGGCGUGCCCAUGCGAGCCCUCUUCUGUGGGGUCACCUGUGCCCUGGACCCUGAUGGCAAUCUUGUGCUGGACCCCACAACCAAACAAGAAAAGGAGGCCCGGGCCAUCCUGACCUUUGCUCUGGAUAGUGCGGAGCAGAAGCUGCUCAUGUCCACCACCAAGGGGCUCUAUUCUGAUGCGGAGCUCCAGCAGUGUCUGGCCGCCGCCCAAGCCGCCUCACAGCACAUCUUCCGCUUCUACCGAGAAUCCCUGCAGAGGCGCUACUCCAAGAGCUGAGGCCCGCCAGGGCAGGGCGCCCUCCACCACGCCCACCGCCUACCCGCCAGCAGCAGCACUCCACUGUGCCUCUGUCUCUGCCCAGGUAGCCUCUGGUCCUGUCGCAGCAGGGGCUGCUGAGGCAGGCUAGGGAGGGGCUUAGGGACAUUCUAGGCCUGGGUACAACCCUCCCUUCACCAGGACACCAUUAAAAAGGGCUCACCUGUGUUGAGCGAGUGAGUCGGUAGCCACUGA